AUCUCCCUCCACGGUCCAUGACGGUUGUCCUCAUCACCAUCCACAGUCAGACGGACUCCCUCCCGGCAUGCCUGGAUCACCAGACUACCCUGUUCCAGGGCUUCAGCCUGGUGCAACUGGGUGGAAACGGUGUCAGCGGGAACCAGGACCUCGGUUCCCUGGGGUCGUGCCUGAUACGCUUCAGCACGUCUCCCGUCAUGUCCUGCACAGCUCGUAACGUCUGUGAGAACAGCACGGUGAAAGUUAGCACAUCUUGGCUGUCCUCUGGAAUCCAUCCGCCGGCGGUGGGAGAAGACCAGAGUGAUGACGCCAGAGCCCGGGCGGUGGGCCGGUGUGUGGUGUGCCAGACGCACGUGGCGGUGGAACAGCAGGCCAUACACAGUCAGAGUGGCAUCAUACCGGACUGCAGCCCGGGGUGGACCAGUCUGUGGACGGGGUACAGUUUUGUCAUGCACUCCAUCAAUGGCGGUGCCGGUGGCACGUUCAUCAGUAGCCCGGGGAGCUGCCUGCCUGUGUACCGGGAGAAGCCGGUGGUGACCUGUAACAGCAGCCUGGGGUGUGAGGAGCCCGACGGACAGUCCUCCCUCUGGCUCCAGGCGUCAGACUCCGGGGGGUCUGCGAUCAGCCGCUGUAGGGUCUGCCAGUACAACGGGAACUAA